AUGCCUCCUCACGAACAACACCCUGCCAAAAAGCGAAAGCUUGGAAGGUAUGGAGAUGGUGCGGAUCUUAGUGACACCAUCACUACGUUCAGACCAUCAGCAAGAUUUGCACCUACCGUCCCGAGAGACUGGACCGUCUCCGUGGCCAUUCCUAGCAGCAUUAUCACCGAUUGUGCGAGGGAUGAGCAGCGCAUCAAUGCUCCUUCGCGGAUAGCACGUGCCUUGGCCGUCUUUUCCAUCGACGAGGUUGUCGUCUUUGACGACAGUCCUCCCGAUUCCCGGCCACCAGCUGUUGAUACGGAUGCAUACACGGGUGACGUCGACCCGGCCCAUUACAUCUGGCAUCUCCUGAACUACAUGGAGUGUCCGCCAUUCAUGCGGAAAACCCUCUUUCCAUUGCACCCGAACCUCAGGUUGCAAGGUUUAUUUCCCGGCCUUGACAUGCCACACCAUCCACACAGGGACGAGUGGCUGCCCUACAUGGAAGCCAUGACGCUUCCCGGGAAGCCCGAGGGCGGAAAGGGCACUCUCGUUGACAUUGGCAUGCGCAAGCCGAUAACUAUUGCGGAAUCGAUUCCUCCAAAGACAAGACUGACCCUCCACUUCCCCGGCGAGUCGUACGACAAUGCCGAAGCCGUCGACCCGGCCGCGCCUCGCACAGAAGGCGGCUACUACUGGGGCUUUAGCGUACGCCGCUGCGGAUCCCUCUCGGAAGUUCUCACCGAGAGCCCUUUCGAGGGUGGUUACGACCUGAGCAUUGGCACCUCUGAGCGCGGCGAGGUUUCAACAAACGCAUUCCCCCACGGAAAGCCUCCUCCGCAGUUCAAGCAUCUCCUCAUCGUUUUUGGCGGUCCUCGAGGCCUCGAGUUUGCUGCCAUGAACGAUCCGCAGCUGAGCGAGAUUGGGAUAAGCACUGGUCGUGUAAGGGAAGUGUUUGACCACUGGAUCAACGUGCUGCCAGACCAAGGGAGCAGGAAUAUCAGGACCGAGGAAUCUUUGUUUAUUGCUCUGACUGAUCUUCGACGACUUUGGUACCGUACCUGA